CAGCUGCUCGCUCACAGUCGCCAGUCGCCUCCAGAGUUUCCGCCUCCAACCAGCGAGUGGAGCCUGCCGGAGCAGAGCCAUCUCGAGCGGAGCCCGGAGCCUGAAGCGAGCGGAGCCAGCCUGAACUAGCCCAGUCCUGCGAUGGAGCGCCCACAGCCCGACAGGCAAGCGACUACUUGGGGACGGGAACUGUGAUGUCCCGCGUCCCUUGUCCAGCCUAGAAAUGCAGGCUGCGAGACCAAGGAACGAGUUGCCGCCCAGUCUACCUGUAGCCAUGGGCAGCUGGAGGGAGAAAAUGUGAUUCACCCCUCUGACAUGCUGGAGGUGACCGGAUGGCAUGUCCCAGGAUUUGUCUGAGGCCUUGAAGGAGGCCACCAAGGAGGUGCACAUCCGAGCAGAGAAUUCUGAGUUCAUGAGGAACUUUCAGAAGGGUCAGGUGUCCAGGGAAGGCUUUAAGCUGGUGAUGGCCUCCUUGUACCAUAUCUAUACGGCCCUGGAAGAGGAGAUAGAGCGAAACAAGCAGAACCCAGUCUAUGCCCCGCUCUACUUCCCUGAGGAGCUGCACCGAAGGGCUGCCCUGGAGCAGGACAUGGCCUUCUGGUAUGGGCCCCACUGGCAGGAGGCCAUCCCUUACACACCAGCCACACAGCACUACGUAAAGCGUCUCCACGAGGUGGGGGGUUCUCAUCCUGAGCUGCUGGUGGCCCACGCAUAUACCCGCUACCUGGGUGACCUCUCAGGGGGUCAGGUCCUGAAGAAGAUUGCACAGAAGGCCAUGGCCUUGCCAAGCUCUGGGGAAGGCCUGGCUUUUUUCACCUUCCCGAGCAUCGACAACCCCACCAAGUUCAAACAGCUCUAUCGUGCUCGCAUGAACACUCUGGAGAUGACACCCGAGGUCAAACACAGGGUGACAGAAGAGGCUAAGACCGCCUUCCUGCUCAACAUUGAGCUGUUUGAGGAGCUGCAGGCACUGCUGACAGAGGAACACAAAGACCAGAGUCCCUCACAGACAGAGUUUCUUCGCCAGAGGCCUGCUAGCCUGGUGCAAGGUAAAGGUGGCCCCUUGGCUUCUGCUCUCCUUAGCCCAGCUGGAAUUUCUUUACUCUUCUCUAUUCUGAACGUUUUAAAUUAGAGAUAGGGUGCAGACAAAAGAGCCCAGGGUAAGUCUGUAGUAUGACUGUGGGUAAGCUAUAAGACUUUUCUACCUCAGUUUCUCCACAUUAGAAAAUCAGGAGGUUGGGGGCUGUGUAGCUCGUUGGCCGAGGGGCAUAUAAAGCCCUCAGAAGUCACUGCACAGAGAUCCUCUCAUUUAGAUCCCACCUCCCACUUUUUUCCCCCCAAGGCAGAGCCAUGCUGCAUGACCCAGGCUGGUCUCAAACCCUGGGAGUCAAACAAUCCUCCUGCUUCAAUCUUUUCAUAAAAAUCUAGGGUGUGUUUACCUUUCGAGGCCCACUCAAGGCUCCCAUGCAGGCCCCAUAUGAGGCAAGGAUUUGGGAAGCUAUUUCUAGCGCUGACCCUCCAGGAGACAGGAAGGAGUUCAUGUAAUUACUGGAGUGUCAGCCCUUUUCCUGUGCCUUGAUACACUACCCUUGGAGCAGGAGUAAUGGUUCUUAAAAAGACAAAAGUGGCAGAAAAUGUGCCUUCCCUGAGCCUAUCACCCCUGCGACAGUAUGGCCCAGGGAGUGGGUGACUGAAACUGAGCAGGGCAGGUUACGUGAAGCUUGAUUGCUUGAAUGGGCCCACCUUUUGCCCAAGGCUCUCCCAAGGGAGGCGGGACCCCGCCACCUUGUCAUUAGUGGUACUGUUUCUGGUGGGCUGGAAUAUGGUCAGUGCUGAUAGAAUUAGUUACCUGUUUGGGUCUGGAGUCUUUGACCUGCUGCGGCCUGGCAGAGCACAGAAGGAACAGCGUGGGGGAGUUGGUGAGCUCCUAUCUUUGAAGGUGUUUAAGCAGUGGCUAGUGGUUCAAGCUGUAGCAGAAUCCUGGCCUUGGACUGGAACUGUAUCAGACACAGCACCGAGUGUCCUCUGCUCUGUGCAGUGUCAUCCACCCCAGGCUGUGAGUUUGACCUUGUCUGUGUUUCUCCUACAGAUACUACCGCUGCAGAGACGCCCCGAGGGAAAUCCCAGAUCAGCACUAGUUCAUCCCAGACACCGCUCCUCCGAUGGGUCCUCACACUCAGCUUCCUGUUGGCGACCGUGGCAGUGGGAAUUUAUGCCAUGUAAAUGCAGUGUUGGCCCCCAGAGGCUGUGAACUCUGUCUCAUGUAGCCUUCUCUCUGCAGGGGAGAAUCUUGCCUGGCUCUCUUUUCUUGGGCCUCUAAGAAAGCUUUUGGGGUUCCUCGCCCCCUUCCUGUGUCUUCCUUUGUCUCUCUGGAAUGGAGGGAGAUGCCUGGCACAUUUCCCUCACCAGAAGCACAUCCAGCCAGGGGCCUGAACUUGGAAACCAGCAGCCCCAAAUCCUGCAACAGAGCCCCAGAACUGUGGUCGGUAGAGGCGGCUGUUCUGAGCCCAGUGCCCUUGGUAGUCGGCGUCCAUGUUGACUGACCAUGACUGCUUUCCCCCAGCACCAUGGCCACUUUGAUAUCAGUGUGCAGAUACUUUCUGUCAUGUGUUCCUGUCUUGUUUUUGUUAUUUCCCCAGUUCUACCAGUGUAAUGGUAUUUUUUGUUGUAUUGAUUGUUUUUUUAUUCUAACCAAGUUGGGCUGUCUUUUGAGGGGUGGAUGGUAUUUAAUAAUUGUAACCUUGGUCUCUAACUUCUGUGUGAAGUAAUAAAUGGCAUUAUCUAAUA